AUGCCGCAAAGUGGACUCCUAAUUUCGCUUUUCCUCCUCAUCUCAACCCACUCCGUGCUCGUUUCCCUCUUUUCAACAAAACAAGCCGUUCCCUCCAAUUCCACCCGCUGUCACUCGUUCCAUUUCCUCCCCUCCCCCCCCAAGUCUCUCCCUCUUCCAUUGCCUUGCCUUGCCUUGUUACUCAUCUUCCCAAUCUCGCCAAGGUCUCCUCCUCUUUUUCCCUUGUUCAUUUACCCUCUCCUUUCAAUGUCAUUUACUCGGUGA